CCGGUAUGUCCGACUGUAAACAAAAAACGCGUCGAUCUAAGAUGCGACAAUUGCGAUGGUUCCGCGUCGCACAGAUGCGAAUGGGGAAGAGAGACGGCCGUUGACAUGCCACACAGAAAUCUCCGCUCCGCUCCGCUGCCGCCUCCGCUCGCCCGCUCCAUCGCCGAUCUGCUGCUCAUCGGUUGCUGUUCCCUCCCGCCUCCACUCCCCAGCUUGGUUUCACCACCACAUCCCCGAACGACUUCACCAUCAUCGCGCUUCUCUUUCGCAAUAACUUCGUCGCGUAACGAUUCCAUACGAAUUCUCCUAUCGCACGUUCUCAACGUUCAAUCGAAUCCCAGCAAUCCACACCAACCGCGAUUCCUCAGCAUCGAAUUCAGCUCGCCAUCCCCCGACCGCUGCUGUAACCCAUCGGACGAGCUACAAACACGUCGGACAGAACUGCAGUCAGCCAUUUGAGUCAAGGCGCAAUGGACCCUGCAAGCA